AUGCUGUCUAGACCACCAACUCAAAGUGCAAGCGGCUCUCAUGCCAGGCAUUUAUUCCGUCUGCGGGCUUCUCGCCCUGCUGGAUCGCGACAAUCCCGCCGAGCUGCGGGCUCGAUUGCGCCCCUACAGCAACCAAACCUUCAACAUUCACGGUCCGCCUCGGUCGCUACUUCGAAUUUACGAUCAUGUAGGACGCAACUACCGACAACCACGGCGCUGAAAUUGCCCUCUACACAACGACACUCUUCCACUGCAGCCUCCGCAGAACCACCGACACCCGAGUCUUCAGAACCCAACACGAUUGACCAAAUCAAUGCCCUUAUUGAGCGCAUCGGCGAAACCGAAGAACUUAUGGUGCAAACAAUGGAUGAGUUGGAUUUAUUGGCAGAGGAAUCGGAAGGUGCUGAAGAUCUCCUGGCUGAAUUCAUGAGCCACCGGGAUGUUCACACGCCAGAGUCCUGGGUGAAUUUGGUUCGCCAGCAAUUCGGGGACACAGUCCCCGAGGGAGUCUUGAGCACAGAUGAGAUCAAGCUUUAUACCAGUCUUUACGGAGAACCGAUUGUUCAGGAUUUUCUUGAGGAAACCAUUGCCGAGGAGGACGAGGAGAACUCUGAUCAAUUAUUCCGAGAGGAUGGAGAAGGCAACUGGGAGGAGAUCGAAUACAAGGAGAGUAACGAUACUGAGGCCGAUUUAGAUGUGGUAUACGAUAUGGAAGUUGGAGUGGAGGAGAGAGAGACAAUUGCCAUGCAGCGAACCAGAGAGGUGGCUGAGCAGCUGGGCGGCGAGAUCAUGCUCGAGCAGUUUGAGAAUGAAGCCGUCCCAGACUCUGCCCCAAGGACUCAUCCUUUGACCCAGCUAGGCAAAUCGCAAACCGAUCCCAGCACGAUCCACCCGCCGAAAGACUCGCUCACUGGCCCCAUCUCUGUCAUCUUGUCAGAGGUUUCAAACAGGCAUGUCGCCGAGACUGCUCAUCGUUUGUUCGGCGGGCCAGGCUUGCCUCACUCCACCACAACUCCGCCUCCACGCGCCCAGCUACCCCAACUUCCAAUCCCGCUUCAUGCAUCGCAGCAUCACAUGGCAAACAUGGAGGCCAAUGCCUACCUCGCGGUUCUUUACCCAGGAAUUUACGCUUCUGCGCUAAGUGUUUUGGUUGAAAUACGGAAACGCCUUGGAACAGACUGGAUCCGCAACCUCAUCAGUCAAGAAGGCGGUCCAAAUAUUCUUGAUGCUAGUGGUGGCGGUGCAGGCAUAAUAGCCUGGAGAGAUGUUCUCCGUGCGGAGUAUGAGACCAUGGUUCCCGACCACCCCAAGGAAGCGCCGAUUCCCUACGGGCGAUCGACGGUUUUGACAGGCUCUGAUGCGCUCCGUCUCCGCGCAAGUGCCAUUCUUGAGAACACAACUUUCCUUCCUCGGCUACCUAACUACCUCCAUGUACGUGAGAAGCCCACUCUAGAGGACUCGCGUGAUGCUCCUAAGCGUAAGCAAUUCGACGUCAUCAUUGCACCUCAUUCUCUCCUCGGGUUUGAAGAAGAAUACGAGCGUAAGGAGUACGUGGAAAACCUAUGGGCUCUCUUGAACCCCAAUGGAGGUGUUCUCAUUCUUCUGGAGAAGGGACGCCAAAAGGGUUUCGAGGCCAUUGCCGGCGCCCGUGAGAUGCUUCUCAAACGCCAUAUUGCUAGCCCCGGUUCAACAGAGUAUACCAACUCCCUCGAGGCCCCCGAUGAAAAUGAACCUGUGGUCAAGGGAGCCGGUAUGAUCAUCGCUCCUUGCACCAACCACUCAACCUGCCCCAUGCACAAUCCUGCAGGCCCAUCAAAGGGCCGCAAGGAUUAUUGCCACUUUGAGCAGCGUUACAUCCGACCCCCAUUCCUGCAGCGUAUUAUGGGAGCCAAGGACCGUAAUCACGAGGACAUCAAAUACAGCUACCUUGCCGUGCAACGCGGUGUUGAUAUGCGACAGGAGUUAGGCAUUAAGCAGAAUGCUGAAGCCACGGACGCCGCUUUUGAAGGGUUUGAGGACACUGAGGACCUGUCUAAGAUCCAUCCUCUUUCACUUCCGCGUGCUAUCUAUGCCCCUCUCAAACGCCGUGGUCAUGUCAUUUUCGACCUUUGCACCCCGGCUGGUAACAUUGAACGCUGGACUGUUCCGCGCUCUUACAGUCGUCAAGCCUACCGUGACGCUCGGAAGUCAACGUGGGGCGACCUCUGGGCACUAGGAGCUAAGACCCGGAUCCCACGCAAGCUGAAUCUAGGCGACAAGCAUGGCGAAGGCAAAAAAGAGCGUCUCGCUCGCCGGGCUGCAAACAAGGCAGCUCGCGAAGAGGAAGCAAUGGAUGAGAAUGAGCGUGACGAGGAAGAAGAUGAAGACGAUGAGCUUGAUGAAGGACGAAGCCGCGCAGAUCUUCCGGAGCCAACUCCACGGAAAAAAGGCCAGAAUAUCCCGAGCUGGAAGAAGCACAACGACAAGAAGAAGAUGAGACAAGCAUUGAAGAGACAGGUCGACGCUGAUAAUACUCUCUAA